UCAGAGCCCAAGCAACGCUGAGCAGUAGAGAGUGAGGUUUGAUCUGUGAGCUGUCUGCUCUGGGUGUUCUCUCUACAGCCAGGAGGACAAGGUGUUGGCUUUCUGUUAUUGCUAAGGGGGGGCCCUUGUAUUUUGGUGUAUAUUUUUCCUGCUGACCUGUCCCUUUGCAGCUGUCACCCUGAAGUUUCUGGCUGUCUUACUGGUGGCAGGAAUGCUUGCAUUCCUGGGUGCCAUCAUUUGCAUUAUAGCCAGUGUCCACCCAGCUGCCAAAGGACCUGUCCUUGGUGCUGAAAAUGAAUCCGCUCCUGCAGCUCCAAAUGAGAAGAGUUUAGGGGCGCUGCACGGAGUUAAGACCCUGUAUGGAUCCAAGGAUGCUUUCCUGGACUUCUCUGGUUCGAAGAACCAGGCUCCUCCAAGCUUCAGCAGGCUCAUCUGUACCCCUCUGGCCAUGGAGUGCCCCUCUGAUGUGCAGAGAGAUUCACCCCAGCCGGCCGAGGAGAUCCUCACACUGCAGAGCACAGCAGAACAGCUGAGGCAGACCGUGCUGCAGCAGAAGAAACAAAUCACUACUGAUAAAGAGGCCAUCAGGGAGCUGACCGGCAAGCUGAGCCGAUGUGAGAACGGGCUAGACAAGGGCUUCAAGGAGGGCGUUGAUGGAUGGGGCUCCAAAGAAGGAGCGAUGGGAGAUUUGCCUCUAGACUCUCCCCAGGCGGUGCAAGAACUGGAGGAGGCGGUCAGAACUCUGAAGGAUCGGAUCGAGAAGAUCGAGCUGGAGAUUCAGCAGCGAGUGAACAACAUGUCCACUCCAGCUUCCACCUCGCCUCCACCAGCUCAUGGCAAAGACUCGCUGCAAUGGAACUUGCUUGAGUUAGAGGCACAGCUAUUGGCCAAGUUUCAGGAAUUAGAGAAAGAGCAGUCAACAGCAUCUGGGGAGAGAGACAAGCAGGACAUAGAGAAAGAGCUGAGCAUCUUGCAGAAUCGCAUAGCAGAACUGGAACAAGGUGGUUUACCUAGCUACCACCCAGAAAACUUCAAGCUCAUUUUCUCAGUUCGUACAAACUACAUGUAUGGUCGAAUGAAGAAAACUCUACCAGAGCUCUAUGCUUUCACAAUGUGUGUGUGGUUGAAAUCCAAGGCUUCUUCUGGGUCAGGCACACCUUUCUCUUACUCUGUUCCUGGACAACCUAAUGAGAUAGUGCUAUUGGAAUGGGGACAUAACCCAAUGGAGCUUCUCAUCAAUGACAAGGUUACACAACUCCCUGUCAGCUUAAAGGAUGGUAUGUGGCAUCAUAUAUGUGUGGCCUGGACCACAAGGGAUGGGAUGUGGACUGCCUUCCAGGAUGGAAAAAAAAAGGGAUCCAAUGAAAACCUCUCUGCCUGGCACCCUAUCAAACCCAAUGGAAUCAUCAUUCUUGGACAGGAGCAGGAUACAUUAGGUGGUCGUUUUGAUGCCACUCAGGCAUUUGUGGGAGAGGUGGCCCAGUUCAACAUGUGGGAUCGAGUUCUGAGUCUGAGUGAAAUAGAGGGCAUUGCUAACUGCACAUCACCACUGUCUGGGAACCUUAUCCAGUGGGACAACCGUCAGGUGGAGGUUUUUGGUGGAGCCACAAAAGGUACAUUUGAAAGCUGCGACGAGCGCCUGAGUCACUGAAUCUCCAUGGCAGCUGAGUGCUCUUACAUCCACUUUCCCUUGGUGUCACCAUUGCCAGAUUUCACAGCUCCCCAAGAUUUGGGUAUGGACACAGCACAGGCUUGUGUUGUCCGCCACAAGAUAAAAUAAAAAACUUUGUCUUUGUUUUGGUUGAUUAAAAUUUUACAAUCAAAUUGGGCUUCUUGGAUAAUCUUCAUUCAGAUUUGCAAUUUUAUUUUUCGGUUCUGUGUUUUUUUUUUGCCAGUUUUUUUCUUUUUAUUAACUUUUUUCACACUAGCUUUCUAAGCGUACGUUUGACCUGAUGUUGAAGGGCAUAAAUCCCUUUACACAGAGAUUAAAUACCAUCAUGAUUAAAAUAUGAAUACUUUAAUUUGCUAAUGCCACUUAAUUUGUAAAAAUAUAUAUAUAUAUAUUUUUAUUUGCAUUCAGCUGUAUAAUUUUGUAUGAUAAUUAUUUUAUUAUAAUGGUUUUUAUUAUUAUUUGCAUCCAUUCAAGAGUUCUUAAAUUAUUGAUAGAUGGAUCUCACAUUCAAAUGUUACGGGGUUAUAAAUUGUAGACAAAAAUAAAUAAAAAAUAAGUUGUUGCUUCUGUUUUGUGACACAACUUUGACUCACUGUGACAUCAGACCUCACUGCCAUGUGUAAAGUUCUUAAAUUAUUUGUCAUUCUUUAGAGAGUUUACUAAUUAUAAAUGUAUAGUGUUUGCACAUUCUGCUUUAACCCUUUAACUCACCUCACCAAUUUUCUAUUUCUAACUUUAUUUUGAAAUUUCCUUCUCAGUCUUCUCGCUGCUUCCUCUCCCUUUGAUCACGUUUUAUUCUCUCUGCCUUCACUGCGCCAUCGCUUGCUUGUUUUGGUACAUUUGUGAAUUGUGUCAAUUUUGUAAACAAUCAGUGUUGGAAAUAAAGAUGAAGUUUGUGUUUG